GGUUACGAAGGAUCGCUCCUCAAGGUCACCAGUAAGAACGGCAAAACAGCCUCGCCGGUGGGGUUCGUCACGUUCAGCACGCGGGCAGGAGCCGAGGCUGCUAAACAGGAUUUACAGCAGGGCGUGCGCUUUGACCCGGACAUGCCGCAGACCAUCCGACUCGAGUUUGCUAAAAGUAACACCAAAGUUAGCAAGCCAAAGCAGCAGUCACCCCCGGCGGCGGCUCCACACCCCACUCUCGUGCACCCCUUCACCGGACUAGAGCUGAACCCUGCGUUCUUUCCGGGCGCCCCCGACGUGUGGCCGCCCCACCCCUUGGCCUACACAGCAGAGUUGCCGGGCGCUGCAGCUGCCGCGGCCGCAGGUCUCCAGCACCACCCCGCCCUCUUCCCCGCCCUCCACGCCCAAGUCCCAUCUCCUUUCCUGUUGCAGCCUCCUUUAGCCUUGACCCACGCCCCAAUGGUGUCCCACGCUGGAGGGGUGGUGAUGCCGUCUCCCGCACUGGCCUCACCUGCUGGUUCUCCCCAUUCAGCCCAACCAGCACCCCCCCAACACCCCGCCGCACCACACAACCCUCCCUGCUCUACACUCUUCAUCGCAAACCUUGGCCCAAAUGUCGCCGAGCAUGAACUCAAGGAUAUCUUCUCUAGGGACACAAGACUGAAGUUGAUGGAGCCCAGGCCUGCAGCCCACAUGGAGCGCCUGGCAUCAUAACUGUUCUGGCUUAGGGAACCACAAAGAAACCAGAGGGGGAUGAAUCCAAGAAGAAAUGAUCUUUAAAGGAGUCAGGAAGCAUGAUUCAAGAGUUUAAAACAAACUUUUAAAAAACAGUAAACUUAUAAUUUUCAGGUUUUCACAAAGUAAAGAUUCAAAUUAUAUGUGGCUGUAGGCCGUGCACUGUGAUCAACAAUUUAAUAAUACAGACUGGAGUAUGUUGUUAGUGUGCUACCAGGAGAAAAAAGGAAAAAGAAUUUUCUAUCACAAGACAAAAAUUGAAUAAAUUUUUACUUGUCCUUGUUGACUAUUAAAAUGUUAGCAAGAGAUAUUCAUAGUUGGGAUUAGUUGAAAAAAUAAGCAGUUUUGAGAGAGAAUGCUUGGAUUUGGCUGCAUGCAUCUGAAAAUUUGGAGAAAAUUUGUUGGUUAUUCUAUGCUUCAGUUUUAAGUUUAAUGGAAGGCAAGGUUUGCUAUGGACCUCCCACUUUUUCAGAAACAAAGUGAAGUAAGGGUGAAGAUGUUUCAAGUCUAACCUUAUCAACACUGCUCUUUCACAACAAACCCAGUUUAAAUAGAGAUAUUUAGAAGAUUUAAUAAGCUUAUCAUGCCUUGUGCUUGCUGUAACCUGAAGGGAGAGUUGUGCAUGUCAGAUGUCACCAAAUCCUAAGGGGUGUUGUGGACAUCAAACCCCGGGCAUUGACAGUACAGUAGUGUUCUCAUUGACAAAGAAGGAAUCUCAGGCCCGUCAAGGAGAAUCCAAAUCCUUAUCCAUUGUUCCUUUUAUGUACCAAAGAAUUCUAGUUCAUCUAGGAAUCUAUACCAAAGCUAAGAAUGAGCUGCUCACAUGAUGAGGUAACAGCAAGCAUGGGCAUGCAGUAGAUUAGGAGAAAAUAUUUUUUGAGUCUAUGAUAAGCCAGAUACAAGAUGUGCUUCUGUAGUAAGUCCUGGCAAGCAUUUGGGAGUGCUGAUGAUAAUGGAGCUUUUCACUUUAACAUGAAAACAAGGUGCUCAUAUCAUAUUUACUGCUGCACCUUGAAUUUUUAUGUUUACCAGUGUUUGAAAUGUAUAGUUUUAAUUUGCAUAUCAUCCUAAAAAAUAUCUUUGGUGUGUCAGUUGAUAUGGAGCUAUGUUUAUUGAUAGCAAUAAACCUUUAAUUAAUGAAAUAAUGUAUAACAUGUGAUUGUGUGCCACUUCUGAUGGCAGCUGAUUGGUUUAAAUGGCAGUGUGUGGCAAAGAUGCCACUGUAAGGUUAGCAGUCCCAUAGAAUGACUGUGGCACACCCUCAUGUUGUUAUUUGUAUAUAGUAAUACACUAUUCUGCUACAGUGUUAGAAAAUAUUGAUUGUCCAUAUUUUUUGCCUCUAUAUUCCGUUCCAAUACCCCAGUCUUGGUUGUUGAUGUUGAAACCAUAAUAUGUAUGAAGUACAUACCAGCCAGAAGAGGCUGACUGUUUGACCAGGACUUGCCCUGCUAGACUAAGUCUAAAAUUAAGAACAGGUACAUAUCAUUUUAACAUUGGAAAUAUCCUGUUUACACUAUUGUUCUUUAUUAGAUGCCUGUAUGAAACUUUACAGACAAUGUUAUGUUGUACCGUAAUACCUGAGGCGAAGCUUGUGGUGUGUGAAGAUUCUUGAUGUUAUUGUAGGGCAAGUCCAUAUUACUGUCUCAGUUGCUGAAUGUGGUAUAUAAUAUACAUAUCUGUUUUGUCAUAUUGUAGUAUGUAUUCAGUGUUUGUUAGGAGGCAUACACGUUUCUCAUUAACUUUACCAUAAUUGAGUUUGUGAUGUCCUAUUACAGGAUUUUGAAUUUUAAAAAAUAAUUAGGAUGGGUGUUAAGCUUUAAGUGAUGAACCUGUGUGCCCCCGUAUGUAGGCCAGGGCACACCAAACAACAAGCUGUUGCUUUUUCAUGCCCCGUGUCCUGUCUGCUGAAUGAACCCCAGUGGUUAUAUACCCUCAAGCUUUGUGGGUUAUUUUUCAAGUCUGAACUGAGGAGAUGCAGAAAAGGUAUUGGUAUGACCACUGCAGAAACAAGUAGCCUGUCCAGGAGUCUGUCAUACUCAUAACAUCACUUGUUACGCAUUCGAUCAUAAUAGUUUUAAAGCAUAGCAAGAAGAGUCUGCCGUUCUCAAAAUUACAAAGAUGCAAUUUCUUGUUAAAUUUCUGUUCCCUGGGCAGGCACUUCUUUUUGGCAGAAGACAGGAGGUCUCUGCUCAAGGUUGUAAAACUAAAAACAUAAAAAAAAAGAAAAAGAAAAAAAAACUAAAAAAACUUUUAAAAAACUAAAAAAAAAAAAAGAUAAAAAUAAAAACUACGAGUAAGGCAGCCCUGACUCUUGUGCUCAGUACCCACUGUGAUCUUACAGGUAACUUGGUGUCCUUCUGCUGCCUUGUGAGGAAAUGCCCACCUUCUGCACAUAACUAUGUACAUGGUCCCCAGCUUAGACUUGAAACUCACAGCUUGAUACUUCUCCGUCCAUUUUGAAAACUGUAGCUGUUAUGAGCUCAACAGGUGAUGUUCUUUUAGUACAUAUCAGUAGGCAAGUAGAUUUCAGGUGAGAAGGCGUUACAAUGAUGUCUAUAGCGAGAUGAAACAUUUCAGUGGUGUAUAUGAUUAGGACCCUUUAUGCUGUAGUUAUCUCUUGCUGUGUGGUAUAUACAUAUAAUUUUCAUUAUUUCAUUAUAAUUUUUCAUUAUUGAUAUUUUCAUUAUUAUUGUUAACAUUAUUAUUAUUAUUAUUAUCAUCAUUAUCAUUACUGAUUUUUUUUUUAUUAUGGAAUCUUCUCAUCUGAAACGCUGGCCAGUCGGCUUUUCUAGAGGGCCCUUAUAUACAUAUUCUAUUAGAAAGUAAUGUAAAGAAUAUGUGUAACAAAGUCAGUGAUCAUUCCUUUCUUAGGUUAAAGUUAUUCUUACUGCAUAAUUGAUUAAGUGCCCUUUCUAGAAUUGUCCAAUAUUCUAUGCCUUACAACAAGAUAACGAAGCCAUUUUCUAAGGAUUAUUAUGUUAGUAGUUUCUGCAUAUUAAAGAACAAUCUAUUGGUUUUUGAAGAUUAUUUCCAUAUGUCAUUUUCAUCCAGUGUAUGGACAAUACUUGUGUUCUAGUAAAGGUUGGAUUUAAGAGCAUUGGUCAAGUAUAUUUGUAUUGCCAUGCUAUAUAUUUUUUUUCUUCUUCUCUAAAAGUGAACAAAACUGAUGGUUUGUUGCCAGUCUUUAUUUUAAUUAGGAAUAUCUUUUAUUGUUUUGUUUUAUUUUGACAUGCAGGUCAGUAGCUUUGCUGCAUUUUGUCGUUUUCCCUACAUAAUUGCCUAUUAUGUGUGUUGUAGAGACAAGUGACCUUUAAAUUGAACACUUUGCCAGCACAUGUCCACCAUCUCAAGCAAGGACAUAUAGGCUAGGUUGUGGGCACUCCCUUAGCUCAAGCCCCUAGCAAUGGAGAAAGGAAUUCCAUAACUUCAAAUGUGUAAUAUAACAUUUUGUUUACCCCCUUUUUUGGUAAUUUAUCAAGGUCAAAAAGUAGAAAAGAAAACAAGAGUUGUGCCUGUAAGGUUUUCAUUUUGUACUUUUUUGGGUUGGUUUGUUUUUUUAUAUAUAUUUAUAAUCAUGAUCAUUGGUCAUGCAAUACAGGUUUUGUAUGCUGUUCUUGAACUGGUUGCCUAGCAAUAAGAUUGGUAGGUUUUGUGGGGUAGCCUGCAGCCCAGCCUAGACUGUCCUGUACCCAAACACACUAGUGGCCGUGUGUUGGCAAAGUAAUUCUAUCAGCAGACUAGGCUGUAGAAAACCCCCUGGCAGAAGUAAAGAAAAAAUUUGGAAAAAAUUCUUUUAUUCCUUUUCAAAUUAAAAAGGAUUGUUACAAUUUGUAUCAAAAUUAGUUAAUAACUCCAUUAGGAAAGAUGAAGAUGAAAAAAAAUCUUGAUACUUUUAGAGUAAAUCCUGCCCUAGUUUGCUGUUCCUGUUACCUCAGCGAGACAAGAACGUUCUGUGGAAAGAGACCGGUUGCUAACUGCCCCUCAUAUCUUUAAAGUUAGUAUUUAGGUGGUUAUCUUUUGUAAGUUACGAAUCUCGGCCUGAUAUUCCUUUUUGUAUGUUAUAUCUACUUAGAGUAAAAUGUCAUUUCUGUGAUUUUGCAAUACGUAUCUCUGGCAAUGAAUUGAGAUCUAUGAGGAUUUUUUUCUACUUUUCUUUUACUCUUGUUUCUUUUAUUGUCUUUUUUCUUUCCUUUUUUUCUAAUUUUGUAUCUUUAUAUUGAAUCUAAAUUUCAUACCUGAGGUGCUCCAAAAAUAUAGAAAAGAAGGAAUUAAUUUAGUGUUUUUGUUUUAUUUUUAAAUUUUGUUCAUUUUUUAAUUAUUGGUAUUUUCUUUUUAUAAACGCAAAAGGUCGAAUGUUUCUGCAGAUCAGAAAUAAAUUAAAACCAAAGGAUGUCUUUCGUUGGGUUAUUAGUUUAAAAGUAAGUCUUAUAUUUAGUUCUAUUUAAAUGUAGGCUAUAAGUCCAGAGAUCUUAUAAAGUAAUAAUAAUUAAUACUAAUAUUAUUUGUUCUUAAGAUGGUAGUUGCAACCAAGUGGAGUACUAGUCAGGUUAACACAUUUUGUUAAGUGCAGUAUGAGGAUACCACUAUGUGUACGACAUUGUCAUUAUAACUAUAUCAUAUCGUGUAUAGGGUCCAAAGGCGGGGAAUAAAACUUAUAGUGAAGAG